UGACAUAUUUGUAAAUGUUGCUGGUAUCUGAUGCUUUGUUACUUCCAACUGCAGCUGUUUCUAUUGAAGCGAGGAGGGGAAGAGAUAUACGUAGGCCCGUUGGGGCGACAUUCUUGUCAUCUGAUCGAUUACUUUGAGCAAAUCGAAGGAGUGAGCAAGAUACAAGACGGCUAUAAUCCUGCAACAUGGAUGCUGGAAGUAACAACACAAUCACAAGAAGAAAUAUUGGGGGUUCGUUUCAGCGAGGUGUACAAGAAUUCGGAAUUGCAUCAGAGAAACAAAGCUUUGAUCAAGGAACUGAGCAUACCUCCUCCUGGCUCUAGCGAUCUUCACUUCCCAACUCAGUACUCUCGACCAUUCCUCACACAAUGCUUGGCAUGCCUGUGGAAACAACGACUGUCGUAUUGGAGGAAUCCUCCAUAUACUGUCGUAUUGGAGGAAUCCUCCAUAUACGCUGGAGGAGAAUACCUCUUGGACAAGGUGUGUUGCAGGUUGCUGAGAACCACAAACACAAAAGAUGAGUACUUUAAAGCACCAGAGGAGCCCAUCAAUUUCUUGGACCAUACAAAUUAG